AUGUUCUUCGGUUCCUUUUGGCACGCUUUUGGGUACAUUAACAACCCCUCUAAUUUAGAAAAUAUUUUGAAGUAAGAAAACCUCACAGUUGAGUAGCUUCUUGACACUGAUAAUAUCGUUAAUGAAAUCAAGCAAUCCUAAUCUAAGUUUAUUGAUUUCUUAAAGAAGAAUUCUCAUAUUACUAAGCAGAUUAUUGAAUACGCCAUCAAUAUGCCUGAUCAAGAAGGCAACGAUGAAAAGAAACUUUACAAGUAUCCUUUCAUCUCUAGUGAAAUCUUAGGAACACAAAUUAAGGGAUUAGAAGAAAUUCUUUUUGAUAACAAUAACUACAACGACAACGAAAGUCAAAAUGAUGAAUCUGAUCAAGAACACGGUGCUGACAAUUAUGAUGAUGGUGAAAAAGAAAAGGAAAAAACUUCAAGCCCUCAAAAAGCAGAAGAUGAAGAAGAAGAGGAGGAAGAAGACGAUGAAGAAAAUGCUGAAAACAAAGAAAAGAGAGCUGAUGCUAAAAGUUCUGAAGAAGAUUCCUCAAACUAAGAAACUGCUGAUAAUGCCUAAGAUGAUGACUCUGAAAAGAAGGAUUCUAAUGCAAGUGAAAACAGCAAAAAGGCUGCCGUUGAAAAUAAAAACGCUGAAAAGAAGUACACUGGUAAGGAUCUUUUGAAUUAACUACUUUAAUUCAUCAACACUGAUGAGUAAUUAAAUGAUACUUCUGCUGGUUAUUUCCUUAAAGCUAUCAAUAAUGUUCUUACUUCUAACGGUUAAUUCUACAAUUUCAUUUCUGACAAACCUGAAGUAUUAGAAUAAUUAAUUAAGCACAUCAGAACCAAGAGCAUCGCUGAAGUUGUCCUUAAACUCAUCACAACAGUUGGAACUGAAAAGGAAGAACAAUUCAACGAAGAAAGAAAAAGAUUGUUGACUUUAUUAAACGCCAAGUUCUUAAGCGGUGAAUCAUUUGAAAGAGAAAAUAUCUCCUAUAUCAUCCAUGAAAUCAUCUCCACUUUUAUUCAAGGUGAUAAUUAAUACAGAAUCAAUAAGUGCCCUGCUUCAGUUUAAUAAAUCAUUUUGGAAGAAUCAUUCAUUGAAACUUUCUUCAAGGUUAUUGUUGAUGAAAACUCUGAUAGCAGCAGUGUUGGUUAUGCAGCUAGCAUUUUGGGUAUCAUGGUUACUUUCUACAAUAGUAAGUAAAAGCAAAAAGGAAACGUAAACUCCUCUCAUUAAUCAGACGAAGAAGAUGUUGUUAUUGAAGAAUGCUCAUAAAACAUCGCUUUCCCUGCAGAAAAGUUAUUCAGUUAAUAUAUUCCUAGUCUUAUUAAGUUCAUUUCUAGCAAACCCGAAGGUGCUGCUCACACAACCUCUUACGGUGCUGAAAUCGUUCCUUUUGGUAUCGGCAAACUUAAAGUUGUUGAUUUGAUUUCUCACGUCUUUAAAUCUGAAAACAAGGAAUUGAUUUCCCAACUCGCCCAAAGCGGAUGCUUCAAGAUUCUUUUGGAAUUAAUGAUUGAAUAUCCUUGGAAUAACUUACUCCAUGUCUUGAUCGAAAAAAUCGUUAACGAAGGUAUUACCAUUACUUUCAACGGAUCCAACGACAUUGUAAAGAACGAAUUAUUCGGUACAUCUUUCAACUUACUUGAAUUCAUCGCUGACAAAUCAGAAGAAGAAACUUCCAGACCUGGAAAACUUACAAGAGAAAUUAGACAAGGUUAUAUUGGAUUCUUGACCCUCUUUGCUAAAAAGAUCCAAGAAAACACCAGCUCUGAAACUAUGAAAUAAAUUAAGGAAGCCAACGAGAAGUGGAAAAAGUAUAUUGAAACUAAAUUCAAGUUUAUCACUGACAGAGAAAACUAAAAUCUUGGUGGAGACAAUCCCAAAAAUAAAAAGGAAGACGAAAUUGAUGAUCCCAACAAAUUUGAAAUUGACAUCCAAAAGAUCUAUGAAAAAUUCAACAACUACUUCAGAUCCAACAAAAAGGACGAUACAAACGAAAAUAAGGACAACAACGAAUAAGUCAAUGAAGACAUCUAGAUUUAGGAUAAAGAAGAUUUUAACAACAGAGAUAGCUCUGAUGAAGAAUUUAACAAUUCAAACUCUGAUGAAGAACAUGAUUUUAAAAAAUAACCAGACGAAAAAAAAUUAUAAGAAGAAGAAGUUUAAAGCGAGUACAUGGGUCACUAGUACUGGAAGUUGAACCCAGCUCACGACGUCGAGAAGUUGAUGGAAGAUCUUUGA